CUCCACCGCGCGGCUCUCGGCGGCGGCCGGGCUGCGGGGCUGAGCGAGCGUCCCGGAAAGGCGGCUGCGGCUUCCGAGCGCGGACCCGGUCCCUGCCGCUGGCUCAGCCGGGCCACCUCUCUGCCAUGGCCCUGGCGGACAGCACGCGCGGAUUACCCAACGGGGGCGGUGGCGGGGGUGGCAGCGGCUCCUCGUCGUCCUCCGCGGAGCCGGCGCUCUUCCCCGACAUCGUGGAGCUGAACGUGGGGGGGCAGGUGUAUGUGACCCGGCGCUGCACGGUGGUGUCGGUGCCCGACUCGUUGCUCUGGCGCAUGUUCACGCAACAGCAGCCGCAGGAGCUGGCCCGGGACAGUAAAGGCCGCUUCUUUCUGGACCGGGACGGCUUCCUCUUCCGCUACAUCCUGGAUUACCUGCGGGACCUGCAGCUCGUGCUGCCCGACUACUUCCCCGAGCGCAGCCGGCUGCAGCGCGAGGCCGAGUACUUCGAGCUGCCCGAGCUCGUGCGCCGCCUCGGGGCGCCCCAGCAGCCGGGCCCCGGGCCGCCGCACUCUCGGCGCGGGGUGCACAAGGAGGGCUCGCUGGGUGACGAGCUGCUGCCGCUGGGCUACGCGGAGCCCGAGCAGCAGGAGGGUGCCUCGGCCGGGGCGCCGUCGCCCACGCUGGAGCUGGCGAGCCGCAGCCCGUCAGGGGGCGCGGCGGGCCCGCUGCUCACCCCUUCCCAGUCGCUGGACGGGAGCCGGCGCUCUGGCUACAUCACCAUCGGCUACCGCGGCUCCUACACCAUCGGGCGGGACGCGCAGGCGGACGCCAAGUUCCGGCGGGUGGCGCGCAUCACGGUGUGCGGCAAGACGUCCCUGGCCAAGGAAGUGUUCGGGGACACCCUGAACGAGAGCCGGGACCCCGACAGGCCCCCGGAGCGCUACACCUCGCGCUAUUACCUCAAGUUUAACUUCCUGGAGCAGGCCUUUGACAAGCUGUCCGAGUCGGGCUUCCACAUGGUGGCGUGCAGCUCCACGGGCACCUGCGCCUUUGCCAGCAGCACCGACCAGAGCGAGGACAAGAUCUGGACCAGCUACACCGAGUACGUCUUCUGCAGGGAGUGAGCGCCCCAGACCCUCGCGACGCCAGCGCCCACUUCCCCUCUUCCUUGCUGGGGAAAUAAUUAUAGGUCCCCCCUCCUGCCCUCCGUUCCCUGGUUCCUCCCGCCCCCUCCUGAAGCUGGGCCAGACCUGUCCGCCCCCACUGCAGAAUCGGCAACCGCAAAUCCUCUGGGCUUCGUCUUCUCUGAACCCGGCUAACCAAGAGCCCUCAGACCCAGUUUCUACCCCGCCCUUCCUUAACUCCCGGCCUCAAAGCACCCCUCUCUCAGAUUGAACUUCAGUGUGGAUCUAGUGGGGCAGCGUGGCUACGAGGUCACCACGUACCAAGUACCUGGGGGUGAUCGAAAUGUGCGGUGUCCAGUGUGUAGAAGAUUCCUUGAAAUCUCAAGCCCUUUUGACAUAUUUGCGUUUUAAGAGCUAGAACUAAUAACACUGUCUGGGAGAGUGUUUUUUUGUUGUUGUUGCUUUUUUUUUUUUUUUUUUUUUUAGAUCAUUACAGUCUCUUUAAAAGUAGAGUUUUAGAAGAUUAGGCGGAAGAUUUCGAUAGUGGAAUUAAGGCCCCACAGAGGCAAUUCAGUGACUGUAAAUGAAUAAAGUUUUGAUGAGCUGGGGGUUAAAGUUAGUGCAGGUACAGUGAAGGGUUGGAUGUUUUGCACACAGAGUAGGUCUUCGCCUGUGGUUUGAACAGGUAGAAAGAGAAACUCCUACCUGCGGGGGCGCCCUUUCUUGGGCUCUUGCCAGAAGCCCUGGGUUCCAUGGGUUGAUACGGCAGCCCUCCUGGGCAAGGAGAAAGGGCGCUGGCUGCCUCCUAACAGGGCGAGUCGCCGGGGUCUCCAAGCGCUGCGGGGAGUCAGCUGCCAGUGACUAAAUGCGGCUGCGUAGUAGUGCACGUUGUGGUCUGUAGGACCAUGCAACCAUUAGAUCUAGGAAGUGGGGGGUGGGUGGGAGGGAGAGAAGAGGGGAGGAAGGGUGGGAAGGGAGGAGCAGACAUACUCAUUUAUCUGAAAGUUGAAAGUUUGUACUAUCCUUUUGAGUACAUGCACGUUUAAAAAUUACCAAGCAGUAAUUGCAAACUUGUAAAGCAUUUUAUGGAGAUUAGUAACAGACCUACUCUUAAUUGGUAGUUUAUUGAACUGUUUUGAGUCCUAAACUUAGAAGUUGUCAGUACUUAUAUAACCUAACCAAAGAGUUCCCCAGUAGGGUUUUAUUUUUUGAACUUUUGUUGUAUGAUUAUAAAUCCUGAUUUAAAAUCUAUCUACUUGAGCAAAACUUUUGGUUUUAGUUACUUAGGCUUAAGGUUUCUUAUUAAAAUUCUUAACUUUCUCCAAGCCCAGCGAAUGUUGACGGCUAGGCAAACCUGAAACAUGUCACAACUUUUGUGCAAUUUGUUUGAAAGUAAAGUGGAAUCUUUUCAAAUGACAGAGGUACAAAAAAAUAUAAGCACUGAGGGCCACCCGUCUAUAGAUAGCUGUAAAAAGGAAUAUUUUUAAACGAGGGCAAAUAAGCACUUAAAGGUGAGCUGAGCAAUAAGACGGUGUUUUAGGUAAGUGCAGCAGAAACAGGAGACCUGGUUACCUUAUGCCUUUACUCUCACGUGGAAUAAAUGCCCAGGGUGUACCCUAUAUACACCCAAAGAGAGAGAGAUACAAAUCCUUCUCAUGCAGAGAGGCAUCCUUUGGACAUUCUGUGAUGAUGGAGAAGCCUUUUUUGUUUGUUUCAGCAUCUUUCUCUGAAAUAGGUUUUUUAAGAUUUUAUAAGAGUCAUUUUCCGUGUUUAAAUUAGUACUAUUUUUUUCUUUUAAAAAAUGAAUCUUGUACUGUAACUUACUAUGUUCAUGACAGAUGUUACAAAUUGGAACAGUCUUAUUCUUAGACACAUGUGAUUCAAUCUGUAUAUACCAUAUAUGAACAUUUUACAAGAAUUAUUUAGUUUUUUAAUUCCUUUACUAAUGCUAUAAAAUUUCCUAUAUUUAUCCCCAGUAACUUGCAUUAGAUGGUGUAUAUAACUAAAGCAACAUGUUUUGAUGAGUUUCUUAUGUUCCUGUGUAUGGGAGAUUGGGCCAGGAAAAAAUAUGUAAUUGUAAACUGAGUUUGCGCCGUGCUUUUUUUUUUUCUUUUUCUUUUUUCUUUUUUGCUGGGGUGUUAGUCCUAUACUAAUCAUAUGUUCAUUAACUGUCUACUUAAAACCAAGGUACCUGUGUUUUUAAUCCACUAAUUCAUUUUAAUUGGUAUAUAGAAGGGUUUAAGUUCUAGCUACAUAUGUUAGAAAAGUUAGCAUUAUAUACAGAGGCUAAUUUUAGCAGAAACCUAGGAAAUUGUGUUUGUUUAUAGGUUGUUUUUCUCCGACUAAUCCAUCCAGACUUUGUUUCAGGUUUGAAAUGGUUUAAGUCUGUCACUCAGUGGCCCACUGUGUGUCACAGACAUUAGUCUAGCCCCAUGGCAUCCUUGUUAGAUUGCUCAAUAAAACAGCACAUGAUUGCUGACAACUUUAGGACAGAUCAGAAAUACUGACAGAUGGCGUGACUCGGUAAAUCUGACUCUGGGCAGGUCUGCUGCGCUCCAGGAGGCAUGAAAGACUGCUAAAGUUUUGUCUGCCAUUACAAGUUUCACCUUGUAAAACUUUGAAUUGAACUGUCGCACUGUCUUACACAUCUGAGCUGCCCCACCCCUGACCCAGCUCCUGAGUUCCCCACAUUAAAUAGCCUGAGAAUUUAUUGUCAGGGACAGUAAACCCACCCCUUUUUCUAGGAAUCACUGUGCCCUCUGAGGCUAGGCAGUACAUGAAAACUUUCUACUUUCUGUGGUAAAGACUGAGUGGGCAACUCAUUUUGUGUUGAGUAGAUUGUAUAACUGAAGUAAGAUGACUUGCAGACCCUUUUUUUUCCGUGUGCUCUGGACUGUAGGAGGACACCUGAAGGUCUAAAAAGUGCUCUGGAAUGUUGGUCUUCAUUCUUGAUCUGAAGUAGGGUAUCCAGUGUCCAUGUGAAUAAGCCCUGGAGAGGUACCAUUAGAGUUACCUGGGAGAAUGUUGUAAACUGUUCGGGUAAUUACGACUGUAGUAAUCUGGCUCAGAGAGGCAAGCACAUAUGUUGCUCUAAUUACUAUUUGAUGUACAGAAAUAUAACUGAAUGACAUUUAAAAGGAUUGUUGAUAGUGAUGGUUAAAAAAGCCAGGUACCAUAUUUUAUGUUUUUGUAUCAAGUGUUUGACACAUUGCUUUUAAAUAUAUAUAGACUGUGAACCAUAUUCACUUUAAGUUUUCAAAUACUAUGCUGUAGAAACUUUCCUGAAGGUGUGAGAUUUAAUUUUUUUCCAUUUUUAAUACUGUUUUUAUUGUGUUUCCUUUUUGGGUUGAUAGCAAAGUGAUAACUCACCAAACUUGUCUUCUCUUUCAUACCAGUUAUGAGAAUAUAUAUAUAUAUAAAUUCCUGUUGCUUCUCUGAGGAAAUGAAUAAUGUAUUCAGAUCAAAUGGGCAACUGCCAGUGCUCAUAACAUAUUCUAAUUUUUAUUGUAAUUUUCCAUGGAAUGUUAUUAUUACAUUAAAGCCAUGUAAGGCGAAGCUUUGGUAAUUUUUUUACUGUUCAAAUUAUGCUAAAUUCCAAAUUUACAUAAUUUUGUACUCCUACAUGAAAAAUGGUAAAUUACAAUGUAGACAUUUAGAAAAAUAUUGAUUGGAGGGGAUAAAUUCUUUGAGACUUUCAUUUAUAGCCUAAAUUGCAAAUACUAUAUGCAAUUAAGUUGUUUUAAGAAUAGUAAGCUGAAUUUUUUUAUUGUAAACCAAUCAACGUCUAUCCUUUGUUUGCAGUUUCCCCUGUUUCUUCUUUACUAUAAAUCAUAGAAAACCUGAAUUAAUCUUUUUAGAUGACCAGUCUGUCUCAAGAAAUGAAUAAAAUAAGGUAUUCUUAUUACUAGUAUCUUUAAUACCUGAAAUAGGUUUUCUUAUACCCAGAAGCAAGUUAUAUUGAAGUUCAUUUUUCUUUGUCAGAGUUUUGGACAAUAAGAAUCUAAAAAUAUUAAUACUUGAGGGUUUAGAUUCUCUGCUAAUACUUGAGGAUUUAGAUGGAAGAAAUUUAACCAGAAUAUCUCUAGUAUGGUGUAGUUUUGUGUGGAAGGAAGAUGAACUAGUUGACCAAGAAUUCUUAUUACUUCUGCAUUUUGUAAUUUUUUCCAAGCUAGUUUUUAAAUUCUAAAUGUGUUUUAAGGUAUGUGGACAUUAAUUAUAAUGUAAACGAUUAUACAGAUGUCUUUGUGAAUUUAUAGGUAGGUGAAUUUUGCUAAUAGUAUUGAAUACAAAUGAUAAAAAUUCACUAGACCACUCAAACACCACUAGUAACCUGUUAAUGAUAAAAGGUUAAAACAUUCUUCAUGGAUUGAAUUUUAAAAAUGUAAUUUAUAUGUUGUUUAAAUUUUUCCAGGCAUCUGAAAAACUCAUUUUCUAAAUAGGAUAAGAUUCCCACAGCACCCUCUGGGAUUCUGAAUUUGUUGAAAAUAUUAUACAUUAAGUGAUACAUAUCAUGGAACCAUUUUCUCAAAAGGGGAGAGGAAAAAAAUUAGAAUCUGACUUUUCUAAUAGAAGGCCAAGAAAGAAAAAACAUCCCUCUCUUUUUUUAAAAAAAAGACACUGAUGAAGGCUUUUCAGAGAUGCCCAAAUUUUGAGAAUUUCUUCAGUCACUUAAAUACUCCAGAGAUUUUUGUUAUCCCUGUUCACAACAAGUUGUAUAACAAAUACUCGAUACUGUUUCUUGUCUGUGUGUGAAGUAAUGAAUCAUUGAUUAUGUGACUUGUUAUGUAUUCUAUUAAACACUAAAGAAUAAAACAUUCACUCCUUUAAUUAUU